CGAGCGCUUGCGAUCGCGGACCAAAUCCAUGACAGAAUAAGGUUGAUGAGCAACAUAUAUUUGUAUGGAGACCUUGCGAACGGAAUAUAAUAGGACAUUUUCCUUGUGAAGCCUGCGUUUCCAACAACCUGAAGCUAUCCCGCUGGGGAUUCUCGCGUCACCGUCAACACAACGUUACAACGUCCGCGGCCGGAUUGAAGAAUACAUACUUUGAACGCCUACCCUCCUUUCGUCGCCUCCUUUUCCCAUCUUCACAAUGGCAGCGGCGCUCACGAUGCAGAACGAGUUACCUUCUGCCCAAAAACCCAGAGACGCAGCCCGCGGAGAUCAUGAGAAAGCUCGAAAAGCAUCCGGUGAUUCGACCGACGGCGCAACCACGGCGAUGACAAAGGACAAUGAAGGCGCCCCGAAUAUUCGCAAUGUCGUUCUGGGCGACUUGCUUUUCAGAACGUGGUAUCCGUCUUUCUACCCUGAUGAUCUUGUCGGACGGGAUCUGGAGAGAUUGUACGUGUGCCGGUGGUGCUUCAAGUAUUCGAGAGAGUUGAUUCCGUUUUUGAGACAUUUGAAAGCAUGCGAUAUGAAACAUACUCCGCCGUCGGAUACACUUGUUUAUGCCAAAGAGAAUUACUCGCUAUACAUGGUGGACGGUCAGAGGCACAAGCUCUUCACGCAAAACCUCUCCCUAUUUGCCAAACUCUUUCUCGAUAAUAAAUCAGUCUUUUACGAUGUCUCGGGCUUUCUCUACUAUCUCCUUGUGCAGACCGACCCCGUCACCGCCCAGAGACAAGUCGUGGGCUUCUUCUCCAAGGAGAAAAUGAGUUGGGAUAAUAACAAUCUCGCGUGUAUAUUAAUAUUUCCGCCCUGGCAGCGCAGAGGACUUGGCCAAAUGCUCAUGGGCGUGAGUUAUGAGCUGAGCCGACGAGAGAAGAGGAUCGGAGGACCAGAGAAACCGCUCUCCGAUCUUGGCCGCCGGGCCUACCUCUCCUUCUGGUCCGCCACAAUAGCGCGCCUCAUACUCUCGGCAUCACCAUCUUCGCCGCAACCCAAAGGAAAGGUUGCCGCCUCAGAACCAGCUUUCUCGGUCAAAGACAUUUCGGAUAUAACGUAUAUUCUGAUUGACGAUAUUAUUGCUACCUUGAAGGAAAUGAAGUUACUUGGUCGCGAAAAGAGAGUCGAUGGGUCCAUUGUCAUAUCCAAAGAGAGCGUAAGGCAAUGGGCGAACCGAAAUAGAAUUGAUUUGAGAAACCCUGUUGAUCCAGAGGCUUUUCUCGAGAAACCGCCUCCCGAGGGCGAGGAAGAUGAUGAGGAAGGUGAGGGGAACGAGGAUGAUGAAGAAAUGGAAGACGAGGAGGACGAUGAGUCUUGA